UACAGCGGGACUGGAGAGCUUGUCGUGGAGGCGCACUGGUUUCACCUCCCGCCUGUUAUCAGCUGGAGCUUCAGACCAGACGGGAGCUUCUGUUCGGACCGAGACGGAGUUUGUUUGUUCUUUUUCAACAGGUUUACUCUUUACUUCACACUAAAGGGAUUCGCUUUGGAGCACCCCGGUUCCCUCUCCGCUUGCUUGCACUGAGGAUACACCGGGGAGCCGUGCACGUCCGCGGACUCGCACAAGAGGAGAUUACGGAGCCGUGCAUGUGAAUGAAGUGAGGUUAUAAGGCACCGGGGGAGCAGUGCACGUCAGACCUGCUCUGCAGCAUCAAUAACACCUAUAUCACCGUGCGGCGGCAGCAUGCAGUGAGAGGAAUCCUUUCAGAUGCUUUCCCACUCCAGGCAGUGAAGAAAGGGGUCGGAGGGGAGGAGGAUAUAUGGGAGAUUUGUUGGAUUUUCAUCACCCCGUCGUUGUAAACUUGUGUCCGGGAUGGGGAAAGAGCAGGAGCUGCUGGAAGCCGCCCGGACCGGGAACGUCGCCCUGGUGGAGAAAUUGUUGAGUGGGAAGAAGGGGAUACUGGGGUCAGGCUCCGGCUCCAUCCCUCUUCCCAACCUGCUGAGCAUGUGGAAAGGUCUGAAUGUCAACUGCACAGACAGCUCAGGAUACACACCUUUACAUCAUGCUUCACUUAAUGGACACAGGGAAGUAGUGCUAAAGCUGCUCCAGUUUGAGGCGUCCACAAACGUGGCCGACAGCAAGGGCUGCUUCCCUCUGCACCUGGCCGCCUGGCGGGGAGACGUGGACAUCGUACGCAUCCUCAUCCACCACGGACCCUCGCACUGCCGGGUCAACCAACAGAACCAUGAGAGAGAAACGGCGCUUCAUUGUGCAGCCCAGUACGGACACUCUGAGGUGGUUUCAGUGCUUCUUCAGGAGCUGACUGACCCCACAAUGAGAAACAGCCAACAGGAGACACCUCUGGACCUGGCUGCGCUGUAUGGACGGCUGCAGGUGGUGUGCAUGUUGGUGAGCGCUCACCCCAACCUCAUGACCAGCCACACUCGCCGACACACUCCGCUUCACCUGGCUGCACGCAACGGACACCACAGUACCGUCCAGACCCUGCUCAAGGCCGGCAUGGAUGUCAACUGUGUGACCGAGAAUGGCAGUGCCCUCCAUGAGGCAGCUCUCUUUGGGAAGAUGGAUGUAGUUCGCCUUCUGCUUGACUCAGGGAUCGACACCAAUCUGAGAGACAGCCAGGGGAGAACAGCUCUAGAAAUCCUGAGAGAACACCCUGCAACGAAAUCCCAGCAGAUCACUGCUCUUAUCCAAGAGUAUAUGAUGGACGAGAAUGAGAGGAGGAAUAUCGUGGAGGAACCUGUUCGCAAGUGUCCCAUCCCUGCACCUCGAACCUCCGUUCCGUCGCCCUCUGCCUCCCCCUCCCUCAGACACAAGAAUGAUGCUGUGACAAGUGAGCUGUCCAAGCUGCUGCACGAGAUCAAAAAGUGCCGGGACAGGGACUACUCCUUCGAGGAGCUCUGCCACACCAUCUCCUCCCACUCCAUGGACAGCUUUGGCAGCGGGCGGCUAUCUGACGAGGAGCGCCCAGAUCGACCCAAUGGCACCCUGACCCGAGUCAACAAGCGGCCAACCCCGCCUCUUGCCGCGGCCCUGGAGGAGGAAGAGGCAGAAAAGAGUUGCGGCCCGGCUGGAUUCUGGGAGUCCCUGACACCCUGCAAUGGAUGCCGCAACCUGGGCUUUUCUAGCCUCUCACAGUCCUUCUCUCAGGAUUCAAAGCAUUCAGCAGAGAAUAUCACAUCUCCGUCUCUGGAUGUUUUCCUGCCAGAGGACGAGGACAACCCGUACGAAUCCGUGACCACAGCUGUCACACGCAAACCCUGCUCCCUCGAUAUCAAUCACCGGCUCAACGCUUGCCCACGUGAUGGUCACUUAUCCCAUGUAGCGGUGAGUGAGGGGGAACACAGUAACCAUGGGAACUGCUCGACGGGCCCAACUCCAGACUGCUCCCCCCCCUCCCCUGACACGGCCCUGAAGAACAUUGAGAGAGUUAUCCGCCCACAGCCCAAGCAGCGCACCUCUCUGUCUUCAUCCCUGGACGUCCAGAAGCCGGUCAACCACAGCUGUGAUCCCAGCGAGGUGAGCUCGUCCCUGGGCUACGCCAGCUUCAGCACCAGCCCCCCUGCCAGCCCUCCACUCAGCCCAAACCAGGAAGACUCUGCGGGCUCCAACGACGACUGUCAGCUCACAGACGACGGGCCAUACCAGCAAGAUCCGCCUCCUCCUCCCCUCUGCUCUUCCUCAACAUCCAAGGCUCUGUUGGAGGAGCGCAGGAAGAGCCACAUCCCAGAGGAGUUUGCAGGCCUCCUUCAUGGAUCGUCCCCAGCUUGUGAAACCCCUGAUACGCCUUACCAUCUUUACAGCCCCAAACCGCGCAAAUAUGCCUCUACGGACGUCCAGAGCAGUCUGCUGCAGACCCCGGAGUUCAGCAUCGUGAUCGGAGGGGGACCCACUCAGGUCUUCUCCAGGACAGGGAGCGAGUCGUUGCCUCUGACGACUGCCAACGACCCUCAGAAGCCACAGGUGGUGUACCGGACUAUCUUCCAUACUAGGGUCAACCAGGACCAGGCCCAUCCCAGGAACUGUGAACAGGUGGAGCCACCUCGUGGGUGGUCUACGCUGGGUGGCCCACCCUCAUCCUAUUCUGGUCAAAACGGAGGAGUUCCAGAGUUACGUGGGAUCCAGACAGGAGGUGUGCCCAAGGGCAGCUCAUCGGGUGCUGGCUACGAAGAGAGGGCUUGCACCCUGGGGAGGAUGAGGUCCAUGCCCCGCAGUGUUUUGGACCUGCAGCUGUCCAAGUCUCUGUCCAAGUCUGAUUCCAACCUGGUAGCUGUUUCUCCCAUACAGGAGGAGCACAGCUGGGGGUCUGGAUCUCGUGGUCAGGGGCCAGGAAGUCCCAGCCCAGGAGAGGGUGCCAGCCCAGGGGGAAGACUGGAGAGAACACCCUCCUUCACUGCUGAAUGGGAAGAGAUUGACAAGAUCAUGAGCUCUAUUGGGGCAGGAAUAGGCAGUGGACUGGACAUCAAGGAAGACACCUCAGGUCCCCGCUGCCCGCUGCAGUCCGUGGGCCAGUGGCUCGACUCCAUUGGCCUGGUCCAGUAUGAGAACCACCUGCUGGCAAAUGGGUUUGACAACGUCCAGUUCAUGGGCAGCAAUGUGGUAGAAGACCAGGACCUGCUGGAGAUAGGGAUCCUCAACUCUGCCCACAGACAGCGCCUCCUGCAGGCCAUACGGCUGCUGCCCAGGGUGCGACCUAUCGGUUACGAUGGUAACAACCCCACAUCAGUGGCGGAAUGGCUGGAGUCGUUGGAGCUCGGCGACUACACAAAGUCUUUCCUCGUCAACGGUUAUACCUCCAUGGAGCUGGUCAAGAAGAUCUGGGAGAUCGAGCUCAUCAAUGUAUUGAAGAUCGGUCUUAUCGGACACAGAAAACGGAUCCUCGCCUCAUUGGGGGACCGGCUACACGAAGACACCCCACAAAAACCUCCGCGAGCCAUCUCCCUAAGGGAGCCCGGAGGAAACCACACUCCUCCUCAACUCAGCCCGUCGGUGGGCCAGGCAGCGUACACGGCUGGGGUCCCGGGUGGAUCUCUGGACGUGCAGCACCUCAUCAUGCAGGCAGAUGCCCGGCGCAGGCAGCGCAGCAAUGACAACUACUUCGAGGAUGUGCCGCGAUCCAAGCUGGAGCGACAGAUGGCCCAAGUCAGCAUGGCAGGCGAGUGGUGCGAGCCGAUCACGUUGCGUCCGCCCAACGAGGCCACCUCGUCCACUCCGGUGCAGUACUGGCAGCAUCACCCCGAGAAGCUCAUCUUUCAGUCCUGUGACUACGAAGCCUAUUACCUGGGAUCUAUGCUGGUGAAGGAGCUCAGAGGGACGGAGUCCACACAAGACGCUUGUGCCAAAAUGCGGAAGUCGACAGAACAGAUGAAGAAAGUGCCGACCAUCGUUCUCUCCGUGUCCUACAAAGGAGUGAAGUUCAUAGACGCCACAAAUAAGAACAUCAUAGCAGAACAUGAGAUUCGUAACAUCUCAUGUGCAGCUCAGGAUCCAGAGGAUCUGUCUACGUUUGCCUACAUCACCAAAGACCUCAAGUCGAGUCACCACUACUGCCACGUCUUCACUGCUUUUGAUGUGAACCUGGCGUAUGAGAUCAUCCUGACACUCGGUCAGGCCUUCGAGGUGGCUUACCAGCUGGCCCUGCAGGCCAGGAAGAGCGGCCAUGGAUCGUCCACACUGCCUGAGAGCUUUGACAGCAAGCCCAACAAACCUGUCCCCAAACCUCGUGUCAACAUCCGCAAAUCUAUGGAGCAGCCAUCCAUGGACCAGAAGGGCCACGCCAACGUGCCGUGGAUUGUGGAGCCGGGUCAGGAGGCCAAGAGAGGAGUCAACACCAAGGCAAUGCCGGACGCUCAUGUCUAUUACUGUGGAAUGCAAAGAAUGUAGCCAGCCCUAAACACGGACCUUGUCACACAUACAAUGCAAAAUGGACUACAAAGGACCUCUUGCUCACUUUCAAAGGACUACAAACAUGGACGCUACUCCAGUGUUUAAGGUUGACUACAAUAUUUUAACAUCCUUCAUCUACAUGAUGCUUGACACAGUAAACAUAUGACAGACACUCAAUACACACACUAACAGGACUGCAUCUUGACAGACAGCAGUCUGCUCUGAAUGUACACUUAUUUAAAAAAGCAGCCUAAACUUUCUGCAGCUACAGCAGGAUCUGUUUUAUGCGCCCAACUGGGAGUCAUGCCGUGUGAACUUUUGGGCAGUCACAGGGCGUCUGUUGGGUAACAGACAAUGGGCUUGCUAAAGGCACCACUGGGCAUGUGUCAGUGUUGGAAUGGGCAUGGGUUUGAGGACAUCUGGCUGUUUUUUUUUUUUCGUUUUUUCUUUAAAGUCAGAAAAUAAUAGAUAUAUGCACAAGCGUGUAAAUGUGAUUGGACUAGCUACAACACACUCAAGAUGCAACAGGUAUGUCUCAUCGUAACGGAUGAUGAACCUAUGUGAACAAAACAGCAUCUCGUGUUUAAAAAAAAAGUAUUCUAUUCGUAUUGCCCGACAUUUUAAUGUUUAAUAUGAGAGUAUAUUACCAUGAUGAUUAUGAUUAUUCUUGUGCAAUUCUUGUCUACUGUUGUCUUAACGUUACAUUAUUUUUCUAUGAUGAGAUGAAAACCUUGGGCUUGAGAAUGAUGGCCAUCCUUUAAAAAAAAUCUUAAACUAGAUGAUCAUACUUGUACGCAGAGAGUGAAUGUUGCAGGUGGCUAGCUAACUCUUGUCAGGUCAAAUCCUCCAUCAUUUAUCAUGGGGCUCUACUCUUAUCUAGCAGAUGUACUAUUUUAAACGCAGUAUUACUGUAUUAUUUGGAUGAGACAUUGUCCAAUUAUAAAAUGUACAUAGAUAUUUUGCCAACUCAUUGUUCAUACAUGUAAUGUAAAAGAGAAAAAGAAUAAAGGAUUUGCAGUACGUGGCACUGGAAACAAGGUACCAAAAUAAAGGUUGGAAAUAAAAAAAAAAGAAAGAAGAAAUGGCAGAUUGUAUUUUGAGUGAAAACUGAAAUGGGUCAUUUGGUGACAUCACUGCUGACCAAUUUAUGUAUAUAGGCUUGGGCUUCCAGCACACUGAUUUUUGUAAUUUUGGCCAUUAUUUAUAUCCUUGUAAAGCACAUGGAAUAAAAUGACUUGUAAAACCAUCAUUUACCCAUA